AUGUCCAAAAGUAAGAUAUUUGGCAUUGGUGUCCCAAAUUGUGAAUUAGAAUUAUUGGCCCGUUAUAGUAAUUGCUCCAUUGGAUCUUUUCCCUUCAUAUAUCUUGGUCUGCCGGGUGGUGCUUCUAUGGCAAGGGUGAGGUAUUGGAACCUUAUAAUCGAGAAAUUUCAAGCAAGAUUAUCAAAAUGGAAGGCCAGCAACCUAUCUUUUGGUGGGCGCUUAACACUAUGUAAAGUUGUGUUGAGUAGUCUUAGCACCUUUUAUUUCUCUAUGUAUAAAGCCCCGGUUAAAGUUAUUAAAACUCUUGAAAAGAUUAGGAUGCGAUUUUUUUGGGGAGGGGACGAAACCUCCAAGAAAAUGGCUUGGAUUUCUUGGGACAAAAUCUUGGCUGAUAAAGAUAGAGGUGGGCUUGGUCUUGGCAGUUUAAAGGGUCAAAAUUUAGCUCUGUUGGGUAAAUGGUGGCGGAGAUUCAAGAACUAUCCAGAUAGUAUGUGGGCAGAGGCGAUAAAAUCUAUUUAUGGAGUUGAUGGGUGUUUCGACAGGCCCUCUGUUGCGAAGAGGAAAAGUGGCUGCUGGGGCACCAUUGCAAAUAUUUCAAAAUUUUUAGAAAGGGAUGGUGUAUCAUUUUCAAAUCAUUUCCACCGGUCUCUAAAUUCCAAUGGGGCUCUCAAAUGGUCGUGGUCGCUCGAACCUUCUGGUGUUUUUUCGGUUAGGUCUCUAAGAUGCCAUAUUGACAAUCUCUAUCUUCCAGACAACGAUGGUAUUUGGAUCUGCCAUGGAGAUCCGGAAUCUGAAAAACACAUUUUUUUAGAGUGCCCGGUGUCGAAGGAGGUCCGGCAACUCAUCUGCAAAUGGUGGCGGCUGCUAGACUACCCUCUCGUUUCAAUCCGUGACAUGCUGCAAUGUAAAGGGAAUGUAGCAAGGCAUCAAAGGCUAGUGUGGAUUCAUGAAGCUAUAAUGCUAACUUUUAUCUGGGUGAUAUGGAAAUAUCGGAAUCUAAGGGCCCACUCGCAUGCUCCAAAUUCAAAAUCGAUUCCGGCGCUGGUUUUUGAGGUGAAAUCACUCUCGAAUUUUUGGAUCAAUGCAAGAAAGAAGAAAGGUCAGACACUGCGGUGGUCCGAAUGGUGUAGCGAUCCGAUUCUAGAAUGUUAUAGCAGACUAUAA